AUGUCUGCUCCUCCUGUUCCUCCUCGUCCGUACUAUGAGUCUACACAGGGAAGAGACAAUUCCCUACCGCCUCCAGUGCCCCCUUUGCCUCCCGCUGUGAGGAACGAAGCCAUUCGCUAUGCAACACCUAGUCCGUAUGAAGAGUCUCCACCCCACUUUGAAAGGCCACUUGUUGCACCAAGGCCUCAUCGCCUGGAUCCUUCUAUCCCUGCCAAUAUGGCAAGGACCCUGGAUGAUCAGAUCCGCUAUGAUUCGUACCAGCAGCAGCCACCUUGGAGUGGGAUUCCAGGCGGUGCACCACCGGCCAAUCCAAUAAAUGCUAAUGGCAGCCUAGGAAUGGCAGCAAUGACACCCAAUUCACUGGCUCCUGGUCAACUUACCCCUGGUGCAGUUUACCCACCGCCUCCGACCCAAGCUGAAGUUGCCCAAUCUCUUGCAAACCUAUCACUUACCCUAGCCCCGUUGCCCCCAUCUACCUCGAACAACAGUAGCAUUCCCUCACUGCCACCACCUACCUCAAACAACCCUAACGUUCCUCAACCACCACCCCCAGCUGCCUCAAACAACAGCAGCAUUCCCUCAUUGACCUCCCCGUUACCCACCCUUGCCCAGCUCUCGUCCGCUGCAAACAUAGUCCAAUCACCCACCCAUGACCCCAAACUUCGAAUCGCAUGGUGCCGUGAUGUCUUCUUCCUCAUAGACAAAGCAAAUGCCUUCAACAUCGCAACAACCAACCCAACGACCUCCGAUCUCUUCUCUACGCCCCCCUCCGAUUCUCCCGUAGGCCCAAUAAUUAUCACCGACCCAGCACUACUCUCCCUAUCCCAAAUUGCCGUCCCAUUGGUAUUGCAACUAGCUAGCUCUAGUGCAGGUAUGACACCAUUACCAAGCCACGUAGCUGAGGCAUUGUACCUUCGUGCCAAGUUCGCUGCUACGGGUGCCUAUCCAGCCCAUAUACCACAAAAUCCUAGAGCCGCUUUCCGCGAUUUCGAGGCUGCCGCAAGGGGUGGAUAUCCAGGCGCUUGGUUCCGUAUUGGGCGAGAUUAUGAGAAUUUUUGUGAUGCAACGAGAGCAAAGGAUUGUUAUGAAAGAGGAAUCAGAGCAGGGGUGGAGAGCUGCUUGUAUCGAAUGGGAAUGGCCCACCUGUUAGGUCAGCUUGGCCUCCCUGCAAAUCCCCAGCCUGCCCUGCCCCUCCUCCAUCGUGCGGCUCUGCUUUCAUCCCUUGAAACACCACAACCAGCCUACGUCUACGCCCUCUUACUCCUAUCGGAAUUCACCUCUAUUGCACCCCUCCCUCCCUCUCUUUUUGCUCCUUACAUACCCCCGGGCUCCUCGCCAACGUUAGAGGCACGAAAACAUUUGGAGCGGGCUGCAUACCUGCAUUUCCCUGCUGCCCAGUACAAAUUGGGACAUGCUUAUGAGUUUGCCGAACCCCCCUUUGGAUUUGAUCCGCUCCUCAGCGUGCAAUAUUAUAGUCUUGCGAGUCAAGCAGGCGAGGUGGAAGCAGAUAUGGCGCUCAGCAAGUGGUUCUUGUGUGGCAGUGGUGCGGCAACCGCUGGUUCUUCCGGUCACUUUGAUAAAGAUGAGUCACUGGCGCUCACAUUUGCCUCAAAGGCUGCAAGAAGAGGACUACCUUCCGCAGAGUUUGCACUGGGCUAUUAUGCGGAGGUAGGAGUAGGCAGACCGAAGGAUCUACUAGAAGCAAGGACGUGGUAUGAAAAGGCCUGCGACCACGGAAACGCAGAUGCCAUCGCUCGCCUCCAAGCCCUAUCCGCGUCGACACCCGCGCCUCUUUCGCGCGUAGAACACGACACCAUCACCGAAACCAAACUCGUUCGGAAACGUACCCAAGCUCAACAGCGAUCAGAGGCACAACCACUUAGUCCACCCUGGGAGGGACGUACUUUCCCUACCUUGCACGAACAGCAGCAGCAGGGCCAGGUGAGGAGGAAAGACGACGGUCGGACGGUCGUUGAAGUUAUCAGAAAAAACUCGGCGAUGGAGCCUCCCAUGUCGAAAUUGGCACAGUUAAGGGCGCAGCAGCAGCCUAAACCACAAAACACUGCUCAGGCUCCACAGGUGCAACCUUACCCAGCUGGACAAAAUCGUUACCAACUCUCUGAUUCAUCUAUUCCUCCACCCACCGUUGGCGGCAGUCCUGGCCUACGGACGGAGAGCCCAGGCCAAAUCGCACCAAGUCCUGUGGGAGGAAGGCCGGGGAGAAUGGCGGGGAAACUUGACAAUGCACCUGGGAGGCAGUCAGCUUCACCAGCGACUGUAGCCGUUGCUGCUCCAACCCCCAAGCCUACGAGUUCGACGGGAAAGAAACCUGCUACAUUCGCAGAGAUGGGUUUCCAUAGUGCCCAAGUGGAGGAGAAGGAGUGUAUCAUCAUGUAA